AUGGAAAUUCAUUUUCUCUCUUCAAGGGCACUGAAUGCAGAGGAGACCACACUUUGGAUGAAGAAACAUGAUCUUCUCAAGUCCCACCGGAUCAUCUUCGUAAUUGGGGGACCAGGUUGUGGCAAGGGGACACAGUGUGAGAACAUGGCAGCCAAGUAUGGCUUCUGUCAUGUGGGCCUUGGGGAGCUAUUGAGGAAGGAGGCAAAUCAGGCCACUGUCCGGGGCCAGCAGAUCCGGGACAUCAUGCUGAAGGGCCUGCUGGUGCCCACGGGUGUGAUUCUGGACAUGGUGAGUGACAACAUGUUGUCCCGGCCUGAGAGCAAGGGCUUUCUCAUAGACGGAUUCCCCCGGGAACUCAGCCAAGCCCAGGAGUUUGAACGGAUUAUGGGUCGCUCCCCCAAUAUUGUCAUUGUCUUCGACUGCUCCACGGAAACCAUGAUUCACCGAGUAUUACAUCGAGGCCACGAAGGACAACGAGAGGAUGAUGCUGAAAACAUUGUACGGCAGAGGCUAGAGACCCAUUACACCCUUUCUGAGCCCAUCUUGGCUUUCUACCAGCAGAAAAACCUUCUCCGGAAUAUCCUGGCAGAAGAUGCUGCAGAAAACAUCUUUGCCAAAUGCUGCUCCGUCAUUGACAGUCUGCAGUAAAGCUGGAGCCCU